UUUUUCUUCGUUUUGGUUCCCAUUACGCCCUGUUUUCUGUUCGAGCAUCGAUCGUACAUGAACACGAAUUUCGAUGGGAAAAACAUGCAUGCAUUAAAGCUAGGAGGUCGGUGGAAGAGCCAAAUCCAUUCGCAAAUGACACGAGAUUAAAAAGAAAAAAUAAUGAUCUAUGAAUUCGGACGCUAUUUUUUUCUCACCGGACAGUGAUAAGCACGUUUACACGUCACUCAAUCGUCGAUUGCAAAGGGCGUUUCCUAGCCACCCCUACGUGGCUUAUCUCCACACUGGAAAGGUCUUAAUCAAGCGGGUCAAAGGCAAUCAACACCGACGGCAAUUACAGGCACCACCCCCACCAAAAAGCAGGAAAGCCCACGAGUCAAAAUUCACAUUAACCUCAAAAAUCUUCUCGUAAACGGUAAUAAAAUCUCCAAAAAGAUACGCGACACAAAGAAGUCAUUCUAUACCACUAACAGUGGCAAAUCUGUCAUUUUAGUUCAUAUAUAAAUACCGCUUCUUUUGUUAAAAAAAUAAACCCAUCCCCCUCUCCCUUUCUCCUCACCCCCUCAAAAACAACUCCUCCUAACGCUUCCCUGUAAAAUUCAAUUAAAAAAAAAAAAAAAAAAUCUUUUUUAAGCCCUUUCCUCGAGCAGUUCACCUUCAUAGAGCUUUCACCGGCGAUUGUCCCCCGCCGCUGAAUCCUCAUCAAGUACCUAACCUUUUCCUACCCGGGUUUCAUUCAGAUAGUUCAUGUACACAGGAAAGUUUCGAUGUUUCACAAUGAAACGGCGUCGGUUUACUGCUCUCUUGGAUUGGUGAGGAUAUAGUAACAGGGAGGCAGGUGGAAUAGUUAGAUAAAAAGGUGGGUGAUGGGGAAGGUGGCGGUGGGGGUGGCGGUUGGGGUGGCCGUGGCGGCGUGUGCGGUGGCAGGAGUGGUUGUGGGGAGGAGGGUAGGGAGUAGGAGGAAGUGGAAGAGAGUGGUGAGCGUCUUGAAAGAGCUAGAAGAAGCAUGUGAGACACCAGUUGGGAGGUUAAGGCAAGUAGUGGAUGCUAUGGCUGUGGAGAUGCAUGCUGGUUUGGCUUCUGAAGGUGGCUCCAAGCUCAAAAUGUUACUUACUUUUGUUGACCAUUUGCCUACUGGGAGUGAGAUAGGAACUUAUUAUGCUCUAGAUCUUGGGGGUACUAAUUUUAGGGUCUUGCGGAUUCAGCUAGGAGGUAGAAGAUCUUCAAUCUUGUCUCAAGAUGUGGAGCGACAACCCAUUCCCCAGCACUUGCUGACAAGCACAAGUGAGGAUCUCUUUGAUUUUAUUGCUUCAACCUUGAAGCAAUUUGUUGAAAAAGAAGAAAGUGGUUCCGAGCCUUCUCCAGUUAGAACAAGGGAGCUUGGGUUUACAUUUUCUUUUCCAGUGAAACAGUCAUCACUUCGUUCAGGGAUCCUCAUCAAAUGGACAAAAGGAUUUGCAAUUGAAGACAUGGUUGGAAAAGAGGUGGUCACACUUUUAGAAGCAGCAUUGGUCAGGAGUGGUUUAGACAUGCGAGUUGCAUUGCUAGUAAAUGAUACUGUGGGAACCUUAGCACUCGGACGUUAUCAUGAUGCCGAUACUGUUGCUGCUGUGAUAAUUGGAACAGGUACCAAUGCCUGCUAUUUAGAACGGGCAGAUGCCAUCAUAAAGUGUCAAGGUCUGCUUACAAGUUCUGGAUACAUGGUUGUUAACAUGGAAUGGGGAAAUUUCUGGUCAUCUCAUUUGCCAAGAACUUCUUAUGAUAUUGAUUUGGAUUCCGAAAGCCCUAACCCAAAUGAUCAGGGUUUUGAGAAAAUGAUAUCAGGAAUGUAUCUCGGUGACAUUGUUCGAAGAGUUAUUCUCAGAAUCUCGUUAGAGUCAGAUAUAUUUGGACCUGUUUCCUCCAGAUUGUCAAUCCCCUUUAUUUUGCAAACACCUUUAUUGGCUGCAAUGCAUGAGGAUCACUCUCCUGAGCUGAAGGAAGUUGCUAAGAUCUUGAAAGAAACUUUGGAGGUAGAUGGAUUGCAUGCCCGCCCCGCAACACCCCUUGUGGGAAUCUUGAAGAAGAUUGGACGGGAUGGGAGUGGAGGCAUCACUGGUGGAAGAAAUAGAAGUGAUGUUAAAAUGAAAAGAACAGUUGUGGCGAUUGAAGGGGGUUUAUAUACAAGUUAUACAAUGUUCAGAGAGUACUUGCAUGAAGCACUGAAUGAAAUAUUGGGAGAUGUGGCCCAACAUGUCAGUCUCCAGGUUACAGAAGACGGAUCAGGCAUUGGCGGAGCUCUGCUUGCUGCCUCAUAUUCAUCCUACAGCGUGGAUGGCGUAAACAUGCUAUAAAUAUAUAUAUAUUAUUUAUAUAUGCAUAUAGCCCCCCCAUUGUAAAUGUAGAAUUCUUUCAAUAUCUUUAUAUAUAUAUAUUUAUAAAAGGGUUUGUUGAGAAAGAAAAAAAAAGUCAUCGUUAACGGUCCUCGUACCUCAAUGUUAUUUGAUUUUUUUAACGUUUUUCUUCUCAAGUCGCACUUGUAUUGUUGUUGGCGUUGUGAAAAUUGUUUUUUGUUCAUCACGAAAUGAGAAAGUUGUCUUUACAGUGUUGAA